AUGAUUGUGUUUCUGACUAGUUGUGAGGAGCGCACUAUUGUCCAUGUACUCCCCAUGAUCGGUAGGAAGUGGAACGCGAGGCCAGAGAGUGUCUGGUACACCGAGGAGACCGUACGGAAGCGAUGUCGGAUGAACGCCGACAGCAUGUCUUCGGUGGGGUGAUACAUGAUGUCAUGGCCCUGAGCGCGGUAGUAGCUGAUGAAAGCGAUCCAUUGCCGCAAAGCUCGAGCGUAGUCUGAUCGAGUUUUGGGUUCGAGCGCAAGGAUGGCGGCUUCGUCGCGUAGUUGACGAAGAUCAUCCAGCGGGAGCAUCGGCUGAGCUCGAGUAG